AUGAGCGCGCCUGUCACUGCCAGCAGAGGGCCUCACCCCCUCCUUGUCAAGUACCUCAGCGAGCUUGUGACCCAUCCUCUGCGUACAAAGGCAAUAACCUCUGCAACUCUCUGUCUUCUGCAAGAGGUUCUCGGCAGCAACUUUGCUGGAGUACCACCUAGAGUACCGCGAAAUGCGCCCUUUUUCUUGCGCAUUCUGGCCUUGUAUCAUCUUGAUGCAAAGGCACUGAAGAUGGCGCUCUAUGGCUUCUUGGUGUCUGCGCCAAUGAGCCAUGUCCUUGUCGGCGCUAUCCAAAAGGCAUUUUCAGGGAAGACUGGGACGUCUGCACGAAUUCAACAGAUAAUCGCCAACAACCUUCUGGUAGCGCCCAUUCAAGCAACAAUUUACCUCUCCUCUAUUGCCAUUAUAAAUGGAACCAAGACGCUGGAUGGCAUAAUUAAAACCUGGAAAGCUGGUUUCCUGCCCGUUCUACGCAUUACAUGGAUUGUCUCGCCCUUGUCAAUGCUCGUAGCUCAAAAAUACGUUCCCCAGCACCUCUGGGUGCCAUUUUUCAAUUUGGUCCAAUUUGUGCUCGGUACCGUAUUUAACACGAGGGUCAAGAAACAGCGGCUGGCAGCCAGCAAGAAAGCCAAGGCUUCGGAGGACGAAAAUAAUGACUCCAAGUAGCUAUGCGAUUAUAUAGUUGUAAUACAACAAAGGAUUACAAACCCCGAAUAUCGCGUACAAUAAUGUGAGAACG